AUGGCGACGGAUUGGGAUGGGGUUGGGGUUGGAGGGCCUCUUAUUGAUUUGGACGGGAACUUUGUUGGCAUGAACUUUUAUGCGACGAAAAGGACGCCGUUCCUGACAAGGAGUACUAUUACUGAAUUCCUGGUUAAUUUCAAGAAAUACCGGGGUGAGCUUAAGAAACUUGAUAGCACAACUGGAAGGAGCACAAAUGAGAUACAAGAAUCUCCUGCAACCUCCAAGUCCUAUUUGGAAGGCUUGGAAGGAUGUUCGGACUCUUUUGAGUUAGAUUUCAGUUUAUCCAAUCUGGUCAUUCCUCCUCUCGUCUUUACCAUUUUAGGUGACUCCAGUAGGAAAGCUGAGAAUGAGCAGGAGUCGUCUUCUUCUAGUGAUUCAGAAGAAAACCCAAUUGAGAAUGAUCCAUUUUUUCUGCUGGAGACCUCCCCUUUCUUGCCAGUUGCUGAUGGUGAUGAAUUUGGGAAAUUUUUUAUCAAGGAACUAACGUCUCAAGGUUAUCCUUUGCCAGCUGCCCUUGAUGGAGGCAUGCGUUUGGUUAAUACUUUUGAAAAUGAAUUUGCUGAUGAUAUCUGGAGUAAACUCACCAAAAAAGUUGCUGCAAACAUGUCUCAUAUUGUUGUCUCUCUUGCUUCAUUCAAUGGAGAAGAACGAAUUUUUGUUUGCACAGGAAUAUUUGUAGGCUGCAAUGAAUCCAACACAAGGAUCCUGACUUCAGCAAGUUUGGUUAGAAUUUCUGAUGAUGAAAACAAGAUUAAUGAUAACUUGAAGGUUGAUUGUUGUACACCUUCCAAACAAACUGUAGGGACAUUGCAACAUUAUCAUCUGCAUUACAAUGUUGCUAUUGUCAGCAUCAAAGGUUUCCGUUGUCUUCGUACAGAAGAAUUUCAUGAUCCAGGGCAAAUUAAGCGUAAGGAGGUAUUAUCUGUAGGACGUGUCUUCAAGUCAGGCAAAUUAAUGGCCACAGGUGGGAUAUUGACUGACAAACCCAGCAAACUUGACUGCAAAGAACUUAUGGUCUCGACUUGUAGAAUCAGUAAGGCUGGGAUUGGAGGGCCCCUGAUUGAUUGUGAUGGGAAUUUCGUUGGUAUGAACUUCUACGGUAGGAAAGAGACUCCGUAUUUACCAAGGGAUAUAAUUAUGAAAUUAUUGAGCUAUUUUGAUGGAAAAGGGGACGUCUCUCCUGAGAUUAUGGACAACCAAAACAUAAACAGUUUUACUUAUACCGCAGUCCCAACUCUCGGCCUCCCGCACAGGCACAGCGGGUCAGCCGCACCGCCCAGGCACGCCCGACGCACUCCACUUGCGAGCAGCGAGCGGCGGCCGGCGGCCGGCGGCGGAGCAGCAAGCGGCGCAGUCAGGCGGGCGCCCCCUCCUAGAUCCCGGUCCCUUGCAGCAGUACACCCCUUCUCUGCGCUGCGCAUCCCUGGGCUGGGCGACUCACCAUCAAAUCGCCCGGUCGGUGGCUGCUCUCUUCACCCCGGCAAGAUUCAGCCAGUGAAGAAACUGGCCAGUUCCUUGAUCCUCGUCUCCUCUGGUCCUCUCCUUCGGUCUUCCUUGUGCUCAGUCUCAUUCUCACCGUGCAGUGUAGUCAUGCUUGACAGUCCUUCGUUAGAAAAACACUAUGGACGGAUUUUUGUUUGA